CCGCUGUAACACAAACUAGGUUAUCAUUAUCAGCAGGACCAAUAUAACUCACAAUUUGUAGAAACAAAACACACUCACUCUCUCACUGAAUUUGAGUUCACUUGUUUAACAAAAACUUAUUGCUCAAAUGGCUAGAACUCCUUCUUGUGACAAAAUUAGUGGAAUGAGGAAAGGGACUUGGACUGCUGAAGAAGAUAGGAAAUUAAUUGCUUAUGUUACUAGAUAUGGUUUCUGGAAUUGGCGCCAACUUCCCAAGUUUGCAGGUCUUUCAAGGUGUGGGAAGAGUUGUAGAUUGAGGUGGCUGAAUUAUCUAAGGCCUAAUAUCAGAAGAGGGAACUUUACUAAAGAUGAAGAGGAGUUGAUUAUCAGAAUGCAUAAAAAGCUUGGGAAUAAAUGGUCAACCAUUGCUGCCGAGUUACCUGGAAGAACAGAUAAUGAAGUGAAGAACCACUGGCACACUUCCCUCAAGAAGAGAGCUAUAGAUAACAUUGUCACAAAUGAAGAAACUAAAUCCACCAAAUCAAAAGACAUAAUUGAAUCCACACAAGGGAGAGAUAUAUCGAAUUACCAAAUUACCCCUCCAGAUAGUUCCCAAAUCUCAAACAACAAUGGCCCUUUAUCCCCAUUUUCAUCAUCUAGUGAAAUCUCUUCCACCUCUUCAGAUGAUUUUGGGUUUCUGGAUUCAUUUAUAAAAGAUGUGGAUAUAAGCUUUUGGCUUCAUGAUAUUUCCAACACACCAAGUGGAAUAGUGCAAAACAAUAAUAAUGAUGCUACCACUAACAAUGCUUUUUUAGUGUCUCCCGGAAAUUCGUCCAAUGAAAGUUUUGUUAUGGAUAAUGAUUUUGGAAGCUUUUUAGAUGCUUACAACGAAUCAACAGUUGAUAGUUUUUGGACACAACCGUAUGAGGCUGACAUGUACCACGUUCCAAGACAAAUGCUGACAUCUUUGCCGAUGGAAUCUGAAUAUUUUUCUAUAGUAUAUGAUGAUGAUAUUUGGAGUUGAGUUAAGUAACUUGUAAAACAUUUUGAUAUUAUGAGAUAAAUAUUAGACUCUUUUAAAUUAA